AUGGGUCAGGUGGCAGAACGCGUCGCGCAUACGGAGGAGAAUGCCACUAUCUUCCCGGGGUCUAUUCAGGAACAAAGAAUGCUUUCACGACCUGAUACGACGAAUGCUGUCGAGGAGUCACAGCGGAAAGUUGUGCUCAAAAUUCAGGUCGACAAGUCUCUCCGCGUUGAGAUAUCCCUGUAUGGAUCCUUCCUUGCAAUCAUAGCCCGCUACCAACCAAAACUUCACACUUCACCAGCUCGCAGAACUGUGUACAUUCUGGACAUUGGUCCUGUGCUAAAGAAGCGAGUAAAGCUUUCGCCUCCCACUUGGGAAGAUCAAAGUACGAAGGUAACCGACUACGUGGAAGACAGAACGUCGGAGUUCAAAAAUUCUUUCCUCCGCGACGUCCUCCAGCGACCCCUGCGUCACUUCAAUGCACUAAGGACUAGCGGGCAUCGGUAUAUAGCUUUGAAUCGUGCACAACGUAUGCAGGAGCAGGAGUACGAAUCACCCAGCAAUUUAGAGCUCACCGAGCUAGGGUUAUAUGGUGAUCGUGAAUCCGGGAAUUAUUGA